AUGACGGAGACUAGCAAUACUGAACCCGAAGAAGAAUCUGAUAGUCGGCACGCGGAAUUUCCUCGAGUGCAUCCUCAUACUACUCUAGAUUCCCAUCGCACUUUAUGGAUGGGUGAUCUCUUACCACAAUGGGAUGCUCAGUUCAUCUCAAAUGCUUUUAAAUUACUUCUAUGUUUUUUUUUUCUUUAUGGUAUGCAUUAUACGUUUAAGGAGCUUGGCCACACACCAUCUACUGUUAAAAUGGUCACUGAUCGGCAAACAGGAGCAAAUUGCGCUUACUGCUUCGUCGAAUUUGCAUCGUCAGACGAGGCUCGCGACGCUAUGCUUAGAGCAAAUGGCCACAAAAUCCCUAAUAGCGAACCUCGCUCUCGUUUCAACCUCUCUUUUGCGAAUGAUCCUCGAGUACCAUCAAUAGAGUUUAACCUAUUUGUGAAUAAUAUUCAUCCCGACCUCGAUGAUGCAGCACUUUAUCAGGUAUUUGGAGCUCGUUAUCGAUCUUGUCGUGGAGCCAAAGUCUACCGUAAUCGCGAUGGAUCUUCGCGAUGUCUUGGCUUCAUUCGUUUUGGUGAUCAAACUGAGCAGCAAAUGGCCUUGGUAGAAAUGAACAAAACUGUUGUACGAGGUCGUGAAAUCAUUUUGAAACUUGCCGCUGCCAAGCAACGAUUGCCAAGACAUCAGAUCCGAGAAGGAAUGCAACCUCAACUGAUCGCAGAUCCGUCGUUAGCCUCAUAUAAUCAAAUGGCGUAUCAGCAAAUGCAACAGCAUCAGAAUCCGCAAAUUACUUAUCAAUAUCCGCAACAGCAGCAACCUGCUUAUGUUCAACCUUCCGAACUCAUUUGUAAGGCUAUCUUUCAACAUAUGCCUUUUAUUGAUUAUGGUCCAAAAAUGUUUAAGUUAUACAUAGCAGAUCCUUAUAAUCCCACUGCUGAAGAAGCAAACGCUGAUCUCAUUGCGAAUGGGGAUGAGUGGUGGGAA